CUACAGCGGAUACUUAUGGAAGAGAUAUGUACUUAGUGUGAGCAGCACUGAGAAAAGACCAUGCACGUAUUCCGGUCACGAUCGUGAAGAUGGCGAAGGGAAAGCGGAAUUCACUGAAAAAGAAGAAGCAACAAAAGGGAACCGAUGAGGUUCAAAAUGGCAAGGAAGAUGACGACGAUAAAACUUGUCCUCAUAUUUCAAAGUCAGUCAAACUGAACUGUUUGCAGAACAAAGUUCCUCACACUUCACUAGGACAGUGCUUAAAUUGUGGUCAAUUGGAUGGUUCAGAAAGAUUUGGUGUCUGUAUUUGUCUUUUCUGUGCCCAUCAGGGAUGUGAUAGGAAUAGUGAAGACAAACAUGCUCUAUCACAUAAUAAAGAAAAUCCUUCACACACCAUUGUAGUCAGUCUUCAAACUUGGGUUGUAUGGUGUUAUGCUUGCGAUGACGAAGUCCUAGUUGAACCUGACUCUUCUGUUCAAAAGUGCAUCAAAUUGUUAUUAAAGGUUAUGAACUUAACCCCUCCUGCAGGUAAUUCUAACAGUUAUGAUAUUAAAUUAGUCAAAUCAAAUUAAUUAGGUUUGUCCUUAUUAUAGUCAUCAUCCUUCAGAACAAUACAAUUUUUCAAAUUACUUGGAU